UUAACUAGUUUGGCCGUUUGGCUUUCUAUUGAUCAUCAUUUACUCUCUCUCUAUCUCUCUCCCUCUCUCUCUCCACACACACACAUUCAAUGUUUAAGUCUUCCCAGUAUGUUGGAACUGGGUUUAAUUUUAAAUUUUAUGUUAUGUUUGAUUGGAUGUUUCUGAUUCAUGGGUUUCGGCUGCUUUCAUGAUUCACAGCUUAAACUGGUCGAGUUAUUAUGGAUUACAGCUUAGGUCUUGAUCAGAAUUGAUAGUACUUUGGUAGUAUGUUAUGGAUUAAGACUGUAAUCAUAUGAACUAAUGAUUCAAUAGCAUUGUUAAUAUUUCAAGUGCCUGGCUUUUGUGUGAAAAUUGUGAAUAAGGAGUCAAAGACAGUUUUUGGGGUGAUUGACAUACAUACAAUACAUAAUGGGUGGAAUUCGCACCACAGUGAAAACGGCAGUGAAAACGGGGCCCAAGGUAGAAUAUGUCAUUAUAGAUUACCCUCGAGAUAGCAAUGAGUUUGAUGGACUUUCCCCAAGAGCAAUUAGUAGUACAACUACAUGCCCGGCCAUUCCUAAGCAGGCUGCAAAGGUUUCAGAAAUGAGCUCACUUUUGGGCAAAGCUGGCAUCACUGGGUUCGGGAAGGCUAUACAAUUUUUGGACAGUCUUGGUAGCAGCAUGACAAAUUUGACCUCCAUUGUUGGUACCUCGGGAAUGUCAAGGAAAGAGAAUACAAUUUCAAUUUUGGCUUUUGAAGUUGCAAACACAAUUGUCAAGGGUGCCAACCUGAUGCAAUCCCUUUCAGAGGAUAAUGUCAGACAUUUAAAGGAGGUGGUGCUACCAUCAAAAGGGGUGCAAACUUUAAUAUCUAGAGAUAUGGAUGAGCUCCUGCGAAUUGCUGCUGCUGACAAGAGAGAAGAACUGAAAACAUUUUCCAGUGACGUUGUGCGUUUUGGAAAUUAUUCUAAAGAUCUGAUGUGGCACAAUUUGGACCUCUAUUUUAAGAAGAUUGGUUCAAAAGUUACACAACAGAAGCAUUUCAAAAGGCAAGCACAGGAAGAUAUGGAACAAUUGAUGACUUUAAUACAGUCAACAGCAGAAUUAUGUUAUGAGUUGCAUAUGUUGGACAGACUGGAACAAGAUUAUCAGCGUAGGCUUAAAGGAGAUGGUUCAAAUGCUGCUAGAAGAGGAGACAGCCUUGCAAUUUUAAGAGCAGAUGUAAAGAUGCAAGAGAAGUUUGUAAGCAGUUUAAAGAAAAAAUCACUCUGGUCAAAGACUUUUGAAGAGGUUGUCCAGAAGCUUGUAGAUAUUGUACACUUUCUACAUUUGGAAAUCCAUGAAGCUUUUGGCAGUGCUGAUGAUGAACCUGUGGAGAGUUCUCGGAAGAACCAUAAGAAGUUGGGGCCUUCUGGUAUUUCAUUACAUUAUGCGAGUAUUAUUACACAAAUUAACACACUAGUGUCUCUGUCACGAUCAAGUUCAGUGCCUCAACAUAUGAGGGAUACUUUGUAUCAAGGGCUGCCAUCCAGUGUAAAGUCAGCUUUGCGCUCAAAAUUACAGUUAGUUGAGCUCACUGUCCCUCAAAUCAAAACUGAAAUGAAGAAAACAUUGGAGUGGCUUGUUCCCAUUGCCAGUAACACAACCAAAGCUCUUCAUAGCUUUGGCUGGGUUGGAGAGUGGGCAAAUUCAGAGUUUGGGGAACGCUGGAAACAUGGUGGCCAGACUGGCAUUCUGAGGAUUGAGACACUACACCAUGCAGAUAAGGCAGAAACUGAAGCUUGCAUCUUUAAACUAGUAGUUUGGCUACAGCAUCUGAUCAGCCAGUCGGGGGCUAGUGACGGUGGAAUGCCGUCAACUCCUGUUAAAACCCUAAACCAGAAGACAAAUCUGUUAUCUAGACAGACACCCUAUGGUUCAUCCCCCGUUUUGACAGAUGAAGAUCAAGAGAUGCUUCAAGAUGUGAGUAAGAGCAACUUGAGGCUCAGGAUGAGUAGGAGUCAGAAUCAUGCCUCAAGAAACGCCAUGUUAAGCAAACAACAUAGGCUGAGUAAGAGCAGCCGAGACUUCCUAUCAAGUAAAACCAGGAAAGAUCCAUUUCCCGUAUGGAGUCUGCUAUCUAGGCCGAUAGACUUUGAUAACGAUCGGAUCAAACUCUUGGAUGUCAUUGAUGGAGUUGACACAAUCAAAGGUUCUAAUUAGUGAUUGCAAAUCAACAUGAGCUUGAAAAGAAGCCUCUCCAUGUAUGCGUAAUAGUAUCAUCUUUUGCCUUUUCCUUGAUGGGUGCUCUAAGUUUGCGCCAAGGGAGAUGAUGCUAUGUGAGUUUGAAGCAGAUGCCGAGUAACACAAAUUACUUUUGUAAAUGUGGAAUCAAGGGUAAUAAUUUACCCUUGUAGGAAAAUAUUAGUAAAUUCACUUUAUGUACAUAAUACGUGUAGGAAAAUACACGUGCAGACUCCAUAUAUUCCCAUUUUGUAAUGCUGGGAUAUUUAUAUGUUCCAUUCAUAGUUAGCAAAGUAGAAGACGGGACUUGGAAUUAAUACCCGUGUAUAUUAUUUACCAAAGUUGUUCUUAA